CAUGCUUCAGAAUCGAAUCUACCUGAAAUAGUGAACGUUAAACCAGUUUUUCAUUUUCAAUGUCCACUGCUUAUCGUUAAUCUUUGAAUGUGCAUCGUUUUAAUAAAAAAUAAAAAGUUAAAAAGAAUAGAAUAAUUUUUUUAAUAUUAAAAAAUUCAAAAAAGUGAAAUUAUAUAAAAAAGGUAAUAAAAACGCAGUGAAACAUCAACGUUAUAAUUGCAAAUUACAAUUAUUUACAAAUACUAUUUUAAUUGUUAAAUAUUUUAAAAAUUAUAUUAGAAAAAAAUAUUAGAAAAUUACAAAGAAAAGAAAGAAUAUUGAAAGUAUUCUAAAGAAAAGUCAAAUUCUAUGACAGGAUAACACUCCUCGCGUGCAGCAAAGAUGGCCGAGUUAAAGGAGCAACCAAUCAGAAGGGAGCACGAUUCGAUGGACGAUUUUGAGCAUCUCGAACACGUCCAGGAUGGACAAUCAAGUCAUCUUGAAAUUCACAACGAGAAAAUAGAAAAGAGUUCGAAAAAUAAUUUCGAUAUGGAACAGGAUAUGAUUAAUUUUUCCUCUAAUCAAUCAUCAAACGAAUUAGAAGAUCCUAGAAAAGCGACAAUGUUACUAUUAGAGUCAGAGAAAGAAAGACCGGCUGAAGAAAAUAACUUUGAGGUUAGAUCAAAGGAGCUCGACUUCUUAUCAAGUAAAAUAGAUGACCAAUCGGAGGUUAUGACGAUUCAACCGGUUAAUAAAAAAGAAGAAGAGAAACAAGAAAUUGCAGAGAAAGAAGAGGUUAAGGAAACCAAGAUUCCGGAUCGCGAAUCAGAAAUCGUUCUUAAUACAGAGAAAAAAAUAGAUAAUUCAUGGAAUAUUAUCGAAAAAUCUCCAGUUCCGGAAUCAAUUUUGAAACCGGAGAAAAGAGAAGAAUGUGUAAGUGAGAAUGUGCUUGCUGAUAUAGAGAAAAAGGAACGAAUCAGUGCAACAGAAACUGGAGAAUCUGAAUUUGAGUCAGAAGUUGAGGUAUCUCCAGUAAAAAGUUUCAAAUCAGUAAAACAGGAAGUGAAAAGAGAACCAGUGGAAGAAGUGGAAAUUGCACCGAAGGAGAUAUUUAGUAGUAUGGGAAUAGUGGCAGCUUUAAUUUAUUGGCGUGAUCCAAAGAAAUCAGGCCCCGUGUUCGGCUGCAUACUUGGCGUGCUCCUCUCGUUGGCCUACUUCAGUCUGAUAAGCGUUCUUGCUUAUUUGUCUCUUCUUAUCCUCACUGGUACCAUUGCUUUUAGGAUUCACAAUACCAUUCUUCAAGCUAUUCAGAAGACUUCCGAUGGACAUCCUUUCCAAAAUAUUUUGGAAAUGGACUUAACAUUGCCUGCGGAGAAGGUGCAUGAAGUAGCAGAUGUGGCUGUCGCACAUUUAAAUGCAGCAGUUUGUGAACUUCGUAGGCUCUUUCUUGUCGAAGAUUUUGUCGAUUCUUUGAAAUUUGGUGUCCUUCUUUGGUGCCUCACCUAUGUGGGUUCUUGGUUUAAUGGCAUGACUCUAAUUAUAAUUGGAGUAAUCGCCUUAUUUACAUUACCGAAGGUCUAUGAGACAAAUAAAUCACAAAUAGAUCAGAAUUUAGCAUUGGUACAAAGCAAGAUCAAUGAGCUCACUGCUAAAGUGAAAGCUGCGAUACCAUUUGGCAAGAAAGAACCAAAAAAAGAAGAAUAAAUAUGAAAGUUUACCACCACGCGGGAACAAAAGAAAUUUAAGCGAAUUUGCCGGAUACUUGCAAAAUCCACGCAAGAAUGAAAAAAAGAAC